AUGGAAUGCAUUGCAGGGAGGGCUGUCUGCUGUGUAUAGCUGUGGAUAUGGAGAAAAAUGCCAGUGGUGUAGGAGAGGGAUCAAAAUCUUAUUCUGAGUUGUCAUCUUUCCUUGUCGGAGCCCCCCUGACAGAAGAUACCGUUACUUUGCCAUCUAAAUGGCGUUUGCAGUCUCAGAAGAGGAGCAUUGGAGCAUGGGAAUGCUGUGUGAUUAGCUGUGGUUGAUGGUGGAAGUUCAGGCACUGCAUUAUUCUUUGGGGAAAUUGUAUCAUGCUUUUCUGGAAGAGGAUCCACUGUUGUCCCCAUUGGCUGAAGCGCCUCUCCAGAACCUUUGUCUCUUCAUGCUUUACAACAGGGUUUGUAUUUUUGGUGUUCCUGCUUUUCAUGUUGCUGAUGCUAAGCAGUUAUAGCUGGUUUCCAAGAAAAUUUGUGAAUGAAGACAAUCUGAAGUUGCACAACAUACGUGUCUUCAAGGGGAAAAAAAGUAACAUUAACAACUCUGCUUGGAUUGCAAAGAAUAUGGUUUACUCUUCUUCCCAUGAGAAACCUCAAGAUAAAACCAGUCAAUCAACUCAAAGAUUAUUACAGAUUAUGCCCAUGGGACAAUUGCGUGCUUCAUCUCAGGGAGUUCAGUUCUAUGAUUAUAUCAUUAAUGAGCCCAUGAAAUGUCAAACACACAUUCCCUUUCUAAUUUUGCUGAUAGCUGCAACACCACAACAUCUAGAUGCUCGUCAAGCUAUUAGGCAAACUUGGGGAAAUGAAAAUGUUAUACCAGGAGUCCAAGUAGUAAGGCUGUUUUUGCUCGGUCGAAACACUCAACAAGCAUUUGACAUUGAACAGGCCAUAACCAGUGAAAGUAUGCAAUAUCAUGAUAUCAUCCAGCAGGAAUAUUUAGACACCUACAACAAUCUGACCACUAAAACCCUAAUGGGAAUGAACUGGGUGGCCACAUAUUGUCCACACGCACACUAUGUCAUGAAGACAGACACUGACAUGUUUGUGAAUACUGAAUAUUUAAUAAACAAGCUUCUGAAGCCAGAUCUUCCUCCAAGGACCAAUUAUUUUACAGGAUCUAUAAUGAAAGGGUAUGCACCGAAUCGGAACAAAGACAGUAAAUGGUACAUGCCACCAGAUUUGUACCCAGGAGACAUGUACCCUGUGUUUUGUUCUGGCACUGGUUAUGUGUUCUCUGGGGAGCUGGCAGAAAAGAUAUUUAAAAUCACUUUAACUGUUAAACAUUUGCCAUUAGAAGAUGUUUAUAUAGGGAUUUGUCUUGACAAAUUGGGAAUUAAACCUGUACCUCCACCUAGCCCGUCUGAUUUCAAUCACUGGAGGGUUGCAUAUUCUGACUGUAUGUACAACCGGAUAGUUACGUCCCAUGACUUCAAGCCUCCUGAGUUAGUCCGCUACUGGAACCAGCUCCAACAGAAUAGGCACACAUGUGCGUAAAAUGCCAAAAAUAAAACAUUAUGGUCUAUUGGAAUCAAUAUUGUGUAAAUGUGUCCAGCUUAUUUUUAGAUGUAUAGACUUUGUAAAUAUGUAGUUUUCUCUCAAUUAUGGCCUCUACUGUUUGUGUGUGUGUGUGUA